AUGUCAAAAAAGUACAUUGUUCUUUUCGCACUUGUUCUCUGCACGAAACUACUUUUGGGUGAACAUCAAGAUGAUGAUACUCCUAAAAAUGAAGAUUUAACAUCAAUUCGGGCAUCUAUUCAAUCAAUUCAGAGUGCUGUUGACAAUCUCAAUGGGAUUUUCUUGCACAAUCUUGAGCCAAAACUUAUGAUGAUCUUCACACAAACCACAAACUUGGACACCAGCAUAAAAAAUCUGCAAGAAAAAACACAAAAUUGGUAUAUUUUGCAACAUCAUAUCAAUGCAUGGUCAGAUCACAUGAAAUCUAUGGAUAAGAAAAUUGAUCUUCUAAAGUUAGGCCAAGAAAAUGAUUUACCACUAGAGAAGAUAAUUGCAGACUUCGAAUUCAAAGUCAAUCAUAUUUUUGAGAAAGUAGAUAUUUUGAAUGAAAAGAUGCAUGAAAUGCUAUCAAUUUUGUAUCAUUUUAAGAAUCCUAAUGCUAAAAACGAUUCACAUUUGGAGAAAAUCAUUAAAAAUUUAUCAACCAUUGAGAAUCAAAUAAGGACUUUUGAAAGAUUUGUUAAACAAACUAAUGCCGAUAUCUUCAAAAACCUUCCCAAUUCUUCUCAAUUGCCAACUGAAAAUAUCGAGAGCAGAGAAAUGAAGCAAAUUCUUCAGCAUUUAAAAAAUCUCAUGAAGAAAGUUGAUAGUGUGAUAAAUUCUUUAGAAAAGCUAAGCAAAAAUGGAUCAAAUGAGAUAGGUGAUGAAAACCCAAAAAAUUAUGAUAGAGUUCUGCAGAAUCUUAAGUCAAUUGACGAGAAAUUGGAUGAUCAAAUCAAUUUUGUCCAGACUGGUUUUGAUAGAUUUGAAGAAGUGAUCUACAAAAUCCAAAAGAUCUUCGAAGAAAACUUUUCUGCACUGAAAAAAUCCUGCACAAGUACAAAUAUUACAUCUUCUCCGAUUGAAUCUGACAAAGCUAUCAUUAAUGAAUUCAGACAGCCCUUUAAAUCUUCAUGCCACGAAGUGGAAGUAAGAAAAAACGGAGUCUACCACUUUGGUCUCUAUGAUCAGCCAAAUGAUAAUGGGAAAUUGUACAAUAGAAGACUCUGUGAAUUUGCUACAACCGGACCAGCAUGGACUGUUAUUCAAAGAAGAGGAAAUUUCCCUAUCAAUGAGAAUUUCAACAGAUCCUGGAAUGACUACAAAUAUGGAUUUGGAAGCCUUGAGGGUGAAUUUUGGUUUGGAAAUGACUUUAUUCAUCAACUAACAAAUGAGGAAGAUCAAGAACUUCGUGUAGAACUGGAAGAUUUUGCGGGAAAUGCUGUUUGGGCUGAAUAUCAUACAUUUUAUGUUGGUGCAGAGGAAUCUCUCUAUCAUCUGGAGAUAAAUGGCUAUCGUGGAAUUGUUCCAGACUCUCUUCUCUAUCACAAUCUUCAGCUAUUCAGCACUUUUGACCGAGACAAUGAUAAGAGCAAUGCAAAUCUUCUGCCUUGUGCUUUGUCUUUUGGCAGUGGCUGGUGGUUCCGGGGAUGUGGUGAAUCCAAUCUCAAUGGGAAGUAUUUUACUGAGCCAAGGAGUGGAAAAUUCACUGGCAUUCUUUGGGAACACUGGUUGGGAAAUUAUUCUUUAAAAUCGGCCAAAAUGCUCAUUAGACCACGUCAACAGAAUUCUACUCUGUGGGAGGAUGAAUAUAAAUCCAAUCGAACAGUUCAUCUUGAGGAAGAUCCUUAAAAAUAUAUACUAAAAAAAUUAUUAUUAAUAUGUCUUGGUUUAAACAUGUUGCAAAAUUAAAUAAAAUAAUAAAAUAAACAAA